AUGGACGCACGACUUCGCCGAGUGAACAAGGAGAUUGCAGACUGCAAGAGUGACAAGCAGUCAAGCGUGACGAUAGAUCUCGUGGAUGAGAGUCCCUUUCAUCUCAUCGGGUCGUUCGAUGGACCGGAGGGUACGCCCUACGAGGGCGGCCGCUUCCAAGUUGACAUCGUCAUCCCGGAUAACUACCCAUUUCAGCCUGUCAAGAUGAAGUUCAUCACGAAGGUUUAUCACCCCAACGUCUCCUCCGCAUCAGGUGCCAUCUGCCUCGACAUCCUCAAGGACGCAUGGUCGCCCGUCCUCACGCUCAAGUCUACCCUCAUCUCCCUUCAAUCGCUCCUCUGCUCCCCAGAGCCACGAGAUCCGCAAGACGCCGAGGUCGCGAAACACUACAUGACGAGCAAGAGCAGUUUUGAGGAUACCGCGCGGUACUGGACUAUGAUCUACGCUGGGGGUCCGGGGAAGGAGGGGCUCGGGAAGGGUGCGAAGGGUGGGCCCCGGGAUGAGAUCGCGAUGGCUGGCUUGGAUAGGGCACAUGUGGCGCAGUUUGAAGCACUAGGGUUCGACAGGGCCAAAGUGAUUGAUGUGUUGAGGAGAUUGAACUACCGUGGCGCAAAUGUUGCGAAUAUCAACGAUGACCGGGUAGUGGAGGAGCUGCUGAAAUGA